AUGGAGCCGAGUCAGGAUUGUAGUUGGUUACCUUCCAAUAAUAAAAAAGAAUUAGCCGUAUCCGUUCGAAAUGCAUUUAAACAAUACGGUAUGAAACAUAAUAGAAACAUAGUAUUGAACGGUUUAAACAUGACUGUCGAAAAGGGAACGAUAUACGGUUUGUUAGGUGCAUCCGGUUGUGGUAAAACAACACUUUUAACAUGCAUUAUAGGUCGUCGAAGGCUUAAUUCCGGAGACCUUUGGGUAUUAGGUGGUAAACCAGGUGAAGAAGGAAGUGGAAUACCAGGACCUAGAGUUGGAUACAUGCCACAAGAAAUUUCGUUGGUGACAGAAUUCACUGUUGGUGAAACUCUAAGAUAUUUCGGUUGGAUAUACGGACUCAAAUUAAAAUACAUCAAAGAAAGAACUAAAAAACUAAUUAAUUUUUUAGAUUUACCAUCGAGUAGUAGCAACGUUAGGAAUUUAAGCGGUGGACAACAACGAAGAGUUUCAUUUGCAGCCGCUUUACUUCACGAUCCUGAACUUUUAAUAUUAGAUGAACCAACGGUUGGAGUCGAUCCCGUAUUAAGACAAAACAUAUGGAAUUAUUUGAUCGAAAUAACAUCGAAUUCGAAAAAAACGGUUAUCAUAACGACACAUUAUAUAGAAGAAGCAAGACAAGCGCAAACCAUCGGUUUGAUGAGGGAGGGUGUUCUUUUAGCAGAAGAAAGUCCAAAUAAAUUAUUAAUUAAAUAUAAAUGUAACAGUUUAGAAGAAGUUUUUUUAAAUUUAAGCGUUUGGCAACAAAAAUUAUCAGAUAAGACUGAAUCAAGUUUAGAACAAAACGUUGUAGAAAACAAAAUGGUACAAGAAGAAAAUUGUGAAAAUUCAUCGGCGGUAAUUAAAGUUGAAGUGGAUUCAAAUUACGAAUACAAUAGAGAAAACUACGAAGAAAAUAAUACAAAACCAUCAUUUAAAAAUCACAUGAAAGCUCUCGUUUGGAAAAAUAUUUUAUGGAUCGAAAGAAAUAUACCGAUCAUGUUAUUCAUAUUUGUAUUACCAAUGAUACAAAUGUGUUUGUUUUGUACGGCAAUCGGACGGGAUCCAAAAAAUCUACAUUUGGCCAUUGUUAAUAACGAAUUAGACGAAUACCAAAGUUGCGAAGAAGAUUUAUUUGAUUAUCAAUGUAAUUUUACAAUGUUGAGUUGUCAAUAUUUACAAUAUUUAAAAAAUUCCACGACAAUCGUUCAGGAUAAUUUCGAUUCUUUGAGUUCUGCAAGAAAAGCUGUUGAAAAAGGACAAGCAUGGGGUGUAAUACAUUUCAACGAAAAUUAUUCUCAAGCUCUUUACGACAGAAUUAAUCUUGCCGAAUAUGCAUCUGACGAAUCAAUAAAUAAUUCCGACAUGUUUGUUAAUUUAGACAUGUCUAAUCAAGCAAUCGGAUUACUUUUGUCGAGAGAUUUAUCAUAUACUUUUCUCGAUUUUAUUAAAAAAAUAUUAACGAGUUGCGAUUGGAAUCCAAAAAUUGUCGAAGUUCCGGUUAAAUUUAAUACUCCGCCCUAUGGCGAUUUAAAUCCAAGAUUUUUAGAUUUUACAAGUCCUGGUUCUCUAUUAGCUAUGAUAUUUAUUCUUGCCGUUGCACUUACCGGAGGUUCCAUAUUAACAGAAAAAACCGAAGGAACAAUCGAAAGAUGUUUGGUUGCUGGUGUUAACAUGUACGAAAUACUUCUCUCGCACAUAAUAACUGAAUUUGUUAUUGUGGCCGGACAAAUAGCCAUCGUUUUAGGUUUUGCUUUUUUAAUAUUCGAUUUGGAAAAUCAUGGUUCGUGGACAUGGAUAAUAUUACUUUCCACACUGCAAGGAAUCAAUGGAAUGAGUUUAGGUUUUUUAUUAUCUUCCGUAUUUGAUUCACAAGUUAUGGCCACACUUUUAGGUGUCGGAUAUUUUUUGGGAGUACUUUUUCUAAGCGGUAUACUCUGGCCGAUAGAAGGUAUGCAUUGGAUAUUGCAAUAUUUUAUUUGGUGGUCUCCAUUAACAUAUGCUACGAAAGCCAUGAGAUGCAUCAUGCACAGAGGAUGGGGAAUCACAGAACCGGAAGUAUAUACCGGAGUUAUAGCAUCAAUUGUAUGGAUAAAUAUUUAUCUAAUAUUGACUCUUGUAGGUUUGAAAUUGAAAAAAGCAGUGCAUUAA